CCCUCCCCCCCGUCUUUCAUCUUCAACCACCCGCUGGCCCCUGCAGCCCGCGUGAGGUCCCCCGUCGUCCACCAUGGCUGAGAAUAUUGCCCGUCAGAAGCAGUAUGACUACCAUCAGGUGUCGAGCAAUGUCAUCGAGACCAAGCGGACCCACUUUGUCGACGAGCCCAAGGGCACGCCGGAGUCCCUGGCCGGUCGUAUCACCAAGGACUCCUUUGGCACUCGCAUUGCCCGGGACACCUUCGACGAGAAGGUGAUCUCCGAGAAGCGCCGACUGCAUAAGGAGGAGCAGGAGCAUCGCCAGAAGCGAGCCAAGCGCUCGGGCAAUGUCUCCUUCCUGGACACCUUCAACGAGCUCGAGAGUGGUGCCUACGUUCCGCGGACGACGCAGACGCGCGAGGCCUUCGAGCAUAUGCUCACCUUCGUGCAGCAGUUCCUGGAUGGCAUGCCGCAGGACAUUGUUCGCGGGGCCACCGACGAGAUCCUGUCCAUCCUGAAGGACGACAAGCUGCGCGACCACGACCGCAAGACCCAAGUGGAGGCCCUGCUCGGGACCGGGGCCACCCUCUCCACCGAUCGGUUCUCCCAGCUGCUGAACCUCGGCCGCGCCAUCACCGACUUCGGGUCCGACACCGGGAAUGUGGUGUCCGCCACCACGGCCGACGUCGGAGUGUCGGUGCUCUUUGACGCCGAUGACGACGAGGCGGCCGCCAAUGCCGAGGCCGCCUCCGGCCAGAGCGCCCUCUCCUACGAGGCGCUGGAUGAUGACCACCUCGACCAGGACGAGGGCGACGAGCUGGCCAUGGACCAGCAAAUCCGCGCGUCGGAUUUGAUCCCCAGCGGUGAAGGCGGCCCCGGCGCCGGGACCGCCUCGGUGAUGGCGGCCCCGGCCGGCGCCGGCGCCGGCUCCAGCCAGGCCCGGCUGCAGCCUCAUCAGGUCGGUGCCCAGUGGCUGCAGGCCCAAUUGCAGCCCUUCUUCCCGGAUGAGCAGACCCGCUUCAACAGCGCCAACGAGAUUCUGGACAUCCUGGAGGAGGCCACCUCCCUGCGUGACAGCGAGUCCGGCCUGGUGGACUUCUUCGGCCCCAAUGAGAAGGUCUUCCCGCUGAUUCGGCUGCUGACGCGCAACCGCAAUGUCGUCCUGUAUUGCACGCGCUUCCACCAGGCCCAAAACCCGGCCGAUCGCCAGGCCCUGGAGGCACGCAUGCGCCAGGACCCCUCGCUGCAGCCGAUCCUGGCCCAGCUCCUGGACCCGAGCCUGCGGGCCAGCGACGCCCCGGCGGCCGGCGGCUCUGGCGGAGCUCCGCGGCCGGCGGCCGGCGGCUCCCAGGCGGCCGACGCCGGGCCGGACUCGCAGUUCACCGGCCCGGAUGGCCGCCCACUGACGGUCAUCCCCCGGAGCAACAUCGACCUGGAGUCGCUGGCCUUCACCCAGGGCGGGCAUUUGAUGUCCAACACCAAGGUCACCCUGCCGGAGGGGACCACCCGGACGCCGCAUCGUGGCUACGAGGAGGUCCUGGUGCCGUACAGCCAGCCGGCCCCCCUGGCCGCCGGCGAGGAGCUGGUGCCGAUCAGCAGCCUGCCAGCCUGGGCCAAGGAUGCCUUCCCCUCGGCCACCAGCCUGAAUCGCGUGCAGAGCCGGGUCUUCCCCUGUGCCUUCCAGAGUGACGAGAAUAUGUUGAUCUGUGCGCCGACCGGUGCCGGUAAGACCAAUGUGGCCAUGCUGACUGCCCUGCGGGCCAUCAGCCACUUCCGCGAGGCCGAUGGGUCCCUGCGUCUGGGGGACUUCAAGAUUGUCUACAUCGCCCCGAUGAAGGCCCUGGUGCAGGAGAUGGUCGGGAACUUCCGCUCGCGCUUGGCCUACCUCGGGGUCAAUGUGGCCGAGUUGACCGGUGACGCGCAGCUGACCAAGGCCCAAAUUGCCGAGACCCAAAUCAUCGUCACCACGCCGGAAAAGUGGGACAUCAUCACUCGCAAGGCCAACGACCGGUCAUACACCAACCUGGUGAGCCUGAUCAUCAUCGAUGAGGUGCACCUGCUGCAUGAUGAUCGUGGCCCGGUGCUGGAGUCGGUCAUUUCGCGUACCAUUCGCCAUAUCGAGCAAACCCGCGAGCCGGUGCGCCUGGUGGCCCUGUCGGCCACGCUGCCGAAUUACCGCGACGUGGCGGCCUUCAUGCGCGUGGACCCGGCCCGUGGGCUGUACUACUUCGAUUCGUCCUUCCGGCCGUGUCCCCUGCAGAUGAGCUUCAUCGGCAUCACGGAGAAGCGGGCCCUCCGGCGCUUCCAGGUGUCCAAUGACAUCACCUACGAGAAGACAUUGGACUUCUGCCGGAAGCAGCAGCAGGUCAUUGUCUUUGUCCACUCGCGUAAUGACACGGCCAAGACCGCCAAGAUGGUGGCCGACCUGGCCCUCGAGCGGGAGACCCUCGGGCACUUUGUGGCCGAGGAUGCCGGCUCGCGGGAGAUCCUGCGCACCGAGGCGCGCAAUGCCACCAGCCCGGACCUGCAGGCCCUCCUGCCCUUGGGUUUUGGCAUCCAUCAUGCCGGUCUGACGCGCGAGGACCGGACCCUGGUGGAGGAUCUCUUUGCCGGGGGCCACAUCCGGGUGUUGGUUUCCACGGCCACCCUGGCCUGGGGUGUUAACCUGCCGGCGCACGCGGUCAUCAUCAAGGGCACCCAGGUGUACAACCCGGAGAAGGGAGCCUGGGUGGAACUCUCCCCGCAGGAUGUCAUGCAGAUGGUCGGUCGUGCCGGCCGGCCGCAGUAUGACACCUUCGGCGAGGGCAUCCUCAUCACCACGCACAAUGAGCUGCAGUAUUAUCUGUCGCUGCUGAAUCAGCAGCUGCCCAUCGAGUCGCAGUUCAUUUCCCGCCUGACGGACAACCUGAAUGCCGAGAUUGUCCUGGGGACCGUGACCAACCGGGCGGAUGCCGUCCGGUGGCUGGAGUACACGUACCUGCAUGUGCGCAUGCUCCAUUCGCCGGGCACAUACCAAGUCCCGGCCGAGGAGUUGGCCCGCGAUCCGACCCUGCUGCAGCGCCGGACCGACCUGAUCCACGCGGCGGCCAGUGCCCUGGACCGGCACCAGCUGGUCCGGUAUGAUCGCCAGUCCGGGCGCCUGCAGGCCACCGAGCUGGGCCGCAUUGCCUCGCAUUACUACAUCACCCACGGGACGAUGGUGGCCUUCAGCAAUCACCUGCGCCCGACCAUGACCGAGAUCGAGCUGCUCCGGGUGUUUUCCCUGGCCGAGGAGUUCAAGUACAUUUCCGUCCGGUCGGAGGAGAAGCUCGAAUUGCAGAAGCUCCUGGAGAAUGUGCCGAUCCCGGUGCGCGAGUCGGUGGACGAGCCCUCGGCCAAGGUGAAUGUCCUGCUGCAGUCGUACAUUUCGCGCCUGCGGCUGGAUGGCUUUGCCCUGCUGUCGGACAUGGUGUACAUCACGCAGUCGGCCGGGCGUCUGGCCCGAGCCAUGCACGAGAUUUGCCUCGAGCGCCGGUGGGCCUCCAUGACCGAGAAGACGCUGGACUUCUGCAAGAUCGUGGACAAGCGGUGCUGGCUGUCGAUGUCCCCGCUGCGGCAAUUCCCCCACCUGCCGGCGGCCACGGUGGCCAGCCUCGAAACCAAGGGGCUGUCCUUUGACCGGCUGGCGGAUUUGAGCUACAUCGAGCUGGGAGAGCUGGUCCGGCAGUCGUACCUCGGCAAGACCCUGUACCAGGCCAUCCACCAAGUGCCGAAGUUGCUGCUGGCCAUCGAUGUCCUGCCGCUGUCGCGGUCGCUGCUGCGCAUGUCGCUGACCAUCACCCCGGACUUCGAGUUCACGGAGCGUGUCCAUGGCGCGGCCGAAACCUUCCUGGUCCUGGUGCAGGAUGUCGACCAGGAGACCAUCCUCUAUCAUGACACCUUCGUGCUGAAGGCCCGCUACAGCCAGGAGGACCACUAUAUGGACUUCACGGUGCCGGUGUUCGAGCCCUUGGCGCCGAAUUACUUUGUCAAGAUCAUCUCCGAGCGUUGGCUCACGGCCCCGACCACGCGUCCGGUGUCCCUGAAGAACAUGAUCCUGCCGGAGCAGUUCCCCCCGCACACGGAGCUGCAUGACUUGCAGCCGCAGCUGGUGUCGGCCCUCGGCCGGCCGGAGUUUGUGCGCAUCUACCAGGGUGCCAUCAAGUACUUCAAUCCGGUGCAGACCCAGUGCUUCCCGGUGCUCUUCAAUUCCAAUGAGAAUGCCCUGGUGUGUGCGCGCACCGGGUCCGGGAAGACCCUGUGUGCGGAGCUGGCCAUGCUGCGACUUUGGCAGCAGCAGGCCCCCGGCGCUCGGAGCCGCGUGGUCUACAUGACCCCCCGGGCCGAGGCGCUGGAGGAGCUGGCCACCGAGUGGCGCGGCAAGUUUGCCGAGCUCAACAAGCAUGUGGUCGUGCUGACCGGCGAGUCGUCGGCCGAUUUGAAGCUCCUGGAAGUGGGGGACAUCGUGCUGACGGUGCCGAGCCAUUGGGAUGUCCUGUCCCGCCGGUGGAUGCGCCGGCGCAAUGUCCAGUCGGUGGAUCUCUUCAUCGCCGAUGAGCUGCACCUGCUGGGCAGCGAUUCCCUGGGGCCCACCAUUGAGGUGGUCCUGUCGCGGUUGAAUUUGAUCCGGUCGCGUACCGAGCACCCGGUGCGCCUGGUGGGCUUGUCCUAUCCUUUGGCCAAUGCGCGCGAUGUGGCGGCCUGGCUGCAUGUGAAGCCCUUUGCCGUGUUCAACUUCCACCCGAGCGUGCGGCCGGUGCCGCUGGAGAUCAGCAUCCAGGGGUUCGGCAUCAGCCAUCACCAGUCGCUGAUGUUGGCCAUGGCGAAGCCCACCUUCCGGGCCAUCGCCGCGCAGGGCGGCAAGCCGGCCAUCGUCUUCACGGCCUCCCGGCGCCAGGCCCGGCUGACGGCCCUGGAGUUGCAGGGCCUGGCCGAGGCGGCCGGCGAUCGAACCGCCUUCCUGCAUGUGCCGCCGGCCGAGAUCGAGCGCUUCCUGCCGGUCUUCGCUGGGGAUGCCACUCUGCAGGAGUUGCUGCCCUGUGGCAUUGCCUACUACCAUGAGGCCAUGUCGUCGCUGGAGCGUCGGACCGUGGAGACCCUCUUCGCGGCCGGGGCCAUCCAGGUGGUGGUGGCCACGGCGGCCACCUGCUGGGGCAUGCCCCGGGGGAUGGUCUCCUCGUUGGUGGUUCUCCACGGGACCCAGGCCUUCGAUGGUCGGGAGCAUCGGUAUGUGACGUAUCCCCUGGCGGACAUUCAUCAGAUGCUGGGCCGGGCCUGUCGGCCGCUGGAGGACGAUGCGGCCUAUGCGCUGGUCUUGUGCCCGGCCGCCUCGCGGGACUACCUGAAGAAGUUCCUCUUCGAGGCGCUGCCGGUGGAGAGCCACCUGCCGCACCGGCUGCACGACCACAUCAAUGCCGAAGUGUGUGCCGAUGUGAUUGGCUGCUUCCAGGAUGCGCUGGACUACUUCACCUGGACGUACUUCUUCCAGCGCCUGACGCGCAACCCCAACUACUACAGUCUGGAGGGGGUGGACAGUGACCAUAUCAACGAGUACCUGUCCAAGCUGGCGGAGGAUACCCUGGUGGACCUGAGCGAGUCCAAGUGCAUUGAGAUUGAGGAGGACUCGGUUGCUCCGCUGAAUUUGGGCCGCAUUGCGGCCUUCUACAACAUCCAGUACACCACGAUCGAGUACUUUGCGCGGUCGCUCACGGCGCGCAUCCGCCAGCGUGGCCUGCUCAGCAUCCUGUCGGCGGCCAGCGAGUUCUCCGACCUGCCGAUGCGCCAUCGGGAGGAUCUGUUGCUGGAGCGCCUGCAUGAUCGCGUGAAGCUCAAGCUGCCGGCCGACCGGGCCUUCAACGACCCGCAUACCAAGGCCUUCCUGCUGCUGCAGGCGCAUUUCUCGCGGUUCGCCCUGCCGGCCGACCUGGAGGCCGACCGGAAGCUGGUCGUUGGCCGGGCGCUGGUCCUGCUCCGGGCCUGCAUCGAUGUCAUUUCCUCCAAUAGCUGGCUGACGCCGGCCCUGGCGGCCAUGGACAUCUCCCAGAUGCUGGUCCAGGCCCAGUGGGACACGGAGCCGAUGCUGCGCCAGGUCCCGCACUUUGGGCCGGAUCUGCUGGCCAAGGCCCAGUCCCUCGGGGUGGCCACCGUGCACGACAUCCAGGGCCUGGAGGACGAGGACCGGGAUCAGCUGCUGGCCGGUCUGACCAACCGCCAGCUGGAGGAGGUGGCUGCCUACUGCAACCGGUACCCGGAUGUGGACAUCUCCUACGAGGUGGCCACGCCGGCCGAGGAGAUCACCACCAGCGACGAGGUGGAGGUCAGCAUCCAGCUUGUGCGCGACCCGGACGAGGAGCUGGCCGAGGACGAGGAGCCGGAGGAGGUGGGCGAUGUCAUUGCCCCGUACUAUCCCCACCCGAAGGACGAGUCCUGGUGGGUGGUUAUCGGCGAUCUGGCUUCGAACACGCUGUUUGAGAUUAAGCGUGUGACUCUCCAGAAGUCGCUUGACCUGUCCUUGAGCUUUGUCCCCCCGACCGCCGGGAAGCACACCUACAACAUCUACCUCAUCAGCGACUCGUACCUGGGCUGCGAUGGCCAGGGGUCGAUUGACCUGGUGGUGGCGCAGGGCGAGGAGGAAGAUGAGGACGAGGAGAUGCGCGAUGCCGGCGACGACGAGGGGGCUGACAUGCAGCAGCUCCCGGACCGCGGCAACUAAAGCAAGAGACAGGCCCAGCCCCUUCCCUUUCCCUCUUCUGCCCCUCUCUUUCUGCUGGCCCUUUGCUUGUGCGAGCGAGCCAGAGAGAGAAAGAGGAGGGGGGGCACGAGGGAAUAUCUGCUCCUUUCCUCCCUGCCUGCGUGUCCUUUCUCUUCAUCCCCCCCCCCCCAAUACAUCCUCUUUUGUGCUG